AUGGCCCCGCACCGCAUCCAUGUCGCGGUCCUAGACACCGACGUCCCCUGUCUCCCCGUCUACGCCAAACGCGGCCUCUACAGCUCCCAAUUCCGCGUCCUCCUCCAAGCAGCCGCAACCCGCAUCAACGAACAAGCCGAGACCCCCCUCCAAGACCCUCUAGCCGUACACAUCACGGCCUUUGAUGCCGUCGGCGGCUCACUGCCCCCUCUCGACUCACUCCGCGCACACCCACGUACGUCGACCGAGUCCCAAAAUGGACCCUUCGGUGUCAUCGACGCCAUCCUGAUUACUGGAUCUGCCGCGUCGGCAUAUGACCCGUUCCCAUGGAUCGCGGAUGUACAAUCGUUCAUUCAAACGGUUUAUGCAAAGUACCCGCUAGUGAAGAUCUUCGGGUCUUGCUUCGGCCACCAAAUUAUCGCGCAAGCACUACUUUCCCCGUCUACGAGCGGCGAGAACAUAAACAACACGUUCAACGUCCAGCCCGCAACGACGGGCUUUGAAAUGGGUAUUCACCCUAUCACCCUGGACCCUGCGUUCACCGCGCACUUCCCACCGCUAGCCCGGGUGUCUUCCAAAGGACCCUUUCGCAUCCAGUUAAUUCACGGCGAUCAAGUGCUUCCCACUCCACAGGCCGUCGCGGCAGCUACCUCUGCAGGAGAGACAUCCGUCUCUCUGCCAACGCCGUGGAUUAACAUUGGCUCGAGCGCGGCCUGUCCAAUCCAGGGACUGUACUACCCCGGUCGAAUCCUGACGUAUCAGGGUCAUUUUGAAUUCGAUACUUUUGGGAACAGCGAGUUGUCGCGGGCAUUCGGGCGGCGGAUGGGCUGGUCUAAGGCUGUGAUUGAUGAGUAUGAUGGCCAGAUUAAUGUUUCAAGGGUUGCUGGAGAGCAGGAUGAUGAUGAUUCCAAGGCUGCGGCAGAGGCGGUGGUGCUUUUCUUUGCGGGGGUAGAUCAGAGCACGAAGUUUGAGGGUGUGCAGGUUGCGGAUGGGUUGAUGACGCCGCCUCUUGAGGAGAUUUCUGGCUGA